CGCUUUACAGGUUUCUGGCAGGUCCAUGACGUAUUCGGCCAAUAGCCCGGCCGGCCAAAGAUGCAGAUGCUCGUCUACGAUCAGAACAAGGCCCGAUAGCAGAGUAACGUCUCCCUUCUGCUCCGGAUGGUUGUUUGUUCUAUGGCGGCGCACGUAACGAGCGUUAUUCAAGCGUCAAUAGAGCGGCGGCAAUGGAAAUGCGACGUCGAGGAGGAGGACCAAAAUCUGCGCAAUUUUCUCGAGAUCUGCACAGCGCCAGAGGCGUGUCAGCUCAGUCGAAGAAAGUGGCAUCUGUCUGACAGGAACGCUCGAUACUUCAUCAAACGCAUGUCAUAGAGGAGCAUUAUGGCGCCUUAAUUCACCGUUCGACGAGUACCGACGUCAGGCAAUGUCAGAGACAACUUCGUUACCUCCGGACCCCUGCGAGAACAACCCCUGCAAGAACGGAGGCACUUGUAGUCCACUCGACGACUUCUCUGAAUACCAGUGCAUAUGCCCCCCAGGAUUCAGAGGGGGACAGUGCGAGGGGGUCCUGCUGGUGGAUUCUCCCGCGGCUUUGAUCGCCGGCAUUUGUUGUGCAGUUUUGUUAAUUGUUGGUCUCUUGGUAGUGACCUAUUUUGUGGUGAGGAAAGCCAAAGAAAAACGCCGUCAGCAUGGAACUUACAGCCCAUCAAGAGAAGAACAGAAUGGACGACGCUUCGAAAUGAAUCACGUUCUAAAACCUCCUCCGAUAGAGCGCCUAAUUUAAUGGACCUGGGAACACGGAGCUCCCUACAGAUGAUAUCCGCUUCGUCCGGCGCGUGAAGGUCAUCCCUGACUUUCGGCCCCUCCAGCCGAUAGCCCGUAUCGGGAUCUGAACAUGCGGGUUGUCAGACCGUCUAGUCAUCCUCAGGAUUCGUUCAGAACAGUUCCUCGGGGCACCUGAAUGCAAAUCUUCACGAUUUUAUGGUCGGUAUCCCAUUCGUUUGGAGAUCCGUCGAAACUGCCUCGAAAUCCGUGGAGUGCCUUGCUCAACUCCCGAACCACAGGUCUCACGUCAACCUGGUCAUACCGUAGGUCCAGCGACGACGUCUUGUAGAAAUGUCCCAUCAUCCCUUCCGCGAUGUUCUAUAAUUUAGCGAUGUUCUAUAAUUUUUCGAUCAGAGUAUACGCGAGUGUUGGGCUUCUGGAAUGAUCUACCUAUUGGAGAUCAUCGAUUCUGGCGAAUAUGGCAGCGGGUUAUCCGAAUGUUCUCACCAUGGCCCACCUUGGAGAAAUAAACGUUAAAGU